AGAAUUUUGAAGAGGUAGAACAAUGGUAUUGAUAGAUAAUUAUAUCGUAACCAGGACUAGUACAUUAAAAACACUAAUUUGGUACUAGUACUCUUCAAGUGGCCUAACCCGAAAGCAAAACACGCAUAAGAAUGACGUCAUCAACAGCGGAAGUGAGUUACUUUUGUCUAGGCUGGAUCACUCUCACUACGGAGAACAAGACGUCAACGAAUAUAAGAAGAAGAAGUGCCGACCUGCUGUCCGCGCAUACAACGAAUCGCGCUCGUGGACUCACUUAGAAGGAGACAGGAUUAGAAGGGUUUAUUAGAACUCUGAAGAAAAUAUUUAGAUUUAUUAGGUUUGUUUGUUUCAUUUUCCUGUACUAGUAGUCGAUUUCGCUGCGCCUGCUUCCCUAUUUUCCCCGGUGUUAACGAGGCCCGUUGCACUAGGGAACCCGAAAGACUUUUUCCAUGGAUUUAGCUUUUCGAGUACUGGAUUUUCCACGAACUAUAGUCCAACUGCAGGGUGUGGAGUGGUUGUUGGGUUGAGAGAACAAAGACGAGUUGAUACAACCAGUCGGGUGCGGGUAUAACUAUCGAGGGAACACUUGGACCGGAAGCAAGGGGCAAGGGACAUUGUGGAGUGUUUUUUGUAUUUGUGUUUCAAACGCGUUUCUUUGAUUACAAAACGAGAGUUUCACAUUUUAGACGAGAAUGAAAUAGGCACGAAAUCGGGUCUGAAAUAUUUCCUAUCUUUCGUAGAUGACGACAGAGUUUAGACCUACCAGACACUAUUUUUCAUUUUCACCAUUGAUUACUGCUUCCUUUGUUGCAGCCCCUACGUACGCACCCCCAUCAACCUUUUUAAUUGAUCUAAGUAGUGUGUUUUUCUGAUCCUGUUCCUGUCCCUCACUCUGGUGUUCCAUCCUUUUAUUCCCAGUGUGAGUGAUGUUGUUUUUGUAGCUGAACGAAUGUAGGAUUCAUCAAAUCUUCUUGGGAGUAGAUUAAGGUUAACAUGGUCCACGUAUAAUUCAAAGUAGCAGUUCUAAGAAAAUUAAAAUGAUUUCUUCUUUGUUGAUACACUUAGGUAGGGGUCCUCGUUAAAAUGUGUUGUAAACGUCGAUUCCUAUAUUGGAAUCCGCAACACCUUAUAGCACCUCUUUGAUCAGUACCCUAGACUCAGUUGCAGAUAGAAGUAGUGGAGAAAAAGUCCGCUCGUUGUAGUUCGAGUUUAUAAAUUAUCAAAAUCCUUUUUAGAUCAAUUAUCAAAAAAAUCAACAAGAACUACGUCUUCGACUUCGACUUGCAGUUGUUUCUGGUUGUGAAGGUCAAAGUGUGGGUAUCAGUGAGCAUUAGAUGCCGUCUAUCCGAGGAUUCAAAUUCUAGUUCUAGUACUUGUUCUACAUCUACGUCUUCGGCCACGCGCGGCAAUCGAGAGACACCGGUAUCAACGCCGUAUCAGCGACGAGUCCCACGAACACUUCAAGUACAUCGACAGACUCCCCUGAACAUCAAUCAAAAUGUCGCUGAUACAGCGGUUUACGGCGGCGGCCAUGAGUAAGGAGACGGGCGUCUACACCACCCAUUUCUGGGGACCCGUCGCGAACUGGGGUCUCUCGCUAGCAGCAGUCUACGAUAUGCAGUUUAAAAGUACACGAUCCUACAGGCUAAAAGAAGAUGUACACGGUCCUUCAGAGACGGUGAUCGGUCUAGUAUAGCCUAGAAACUAGGACUUAGCGUAGCGCUACCAGCUCUAGGACGUAGUUUUGUUUUUGGCUAUUCAGCAGCCAUUCAUGUCUGCCAGUUUUCCUGGUAGGCCCACACCUAACCUAACCUUAUGGACAAUUGUGCUGUUAUUUUUUUAUGAAAAUAUAUUCCUCGAUGAGUUGUAUUUCUUUUUCCAAAAACUGCUAGGUCCCGAAGUCGUCUCUUACAACAUGACGGGUACGCUUUGCGUCUACAGUCUCCUCUUCAUGCGGUUCGCGUGGAUGGUGCAGCCGAGGUAUAAUCGUAUAGUUUUGAUGUCUUUGCUUGAUCUUGAGCUCGUUUUCAAGGUUCAAUAGCAGUCAUGAAGUAAAGCUUGAUGCUGAUCCAAGAGAACAUCCCACAUUCUGUUUUCCCGUCUCAGUUCUGGUUUGCGCACCAAAAAAUUAGAACGACUUACCUCCUUGUGUCCCUCGCCCUCCUUACCAGAAACUACAUCCUCCUUGCGUGCCACGCGUUCAACGAGGUGGCCCAGUGUACGCAGUUCAUAAGAAAGUGGAAUUAUGAUAACGCGAAAGCCGCACAGAUGGGCCCAGCAGCCCUCGGUAUGGCCGCUGCGGGUGGGUCAACGCCACCAGGAUGGCCAGGAAUUGUCCCGAAAGUGCAGGCGCAUGUACUCUAGAUGCACUCUUUUAAAAAUUAUCCCUUCUUCUGAAGAGAGAGAGUUUCUUGAAUUCUAAGGCCAAUGAAAUUAUCCCUUCUUCACCAGGAGAUGCUUAAGUAUGAUCUUGUUUCCUUCUUGACCUUCAUCUCCACUCGUCCACUACAACAGGUUCUAAAAGCCCCCAUGCCUGACUUACUGCGUACCUUUUUAGCUCAUCCGGCUGGGCCAUUUACAGUGCAUUUUUGGGCGCCGACAUUUAAGUGGAACUUGUCUAUCGCAAAUCUAGCCGACUACAAGAGGCCAACGGAAAUGGUCUCUACUGCGCAGCAGUUAGCUUUGGCGUCUACGGGGUUGAUUUGGACAAGGUACCACGGAUUAUACUCACAAUUUUGAUCAUCACUCUUUUAUAAUUAAUCAAAAAUCCGGUGAACUACAACCUGGCAGCUUUUUUGUACACAUGAUUCGUCGAAAAUUUUCCCCCUUUAUGAACGAAUAUUAUUGCCCAAGAACUGAUCCUCCCGGGGAUGUACAUGUAUGUACGUUUUUUGGCUAAAAAACCCCUUACUCCAUAUGGUUCGCUUUUGGCAUAGUCUAAUCAAAAAUAAAGGUGGAGCUUCGUGAUCAAUCCGGUGAACUACAACCUGGCAGCCGUUAACAUAGCGCUCGCUGGCAGUUCGGUUUACCAUUUGAUGCGGAAAUCAGUCUACGACCCGUUUCCCAGUGAAAAGAAGUAAAACAUGUCAUCUUGUUGUUCUAUGGGAAGAGGAGUAGUCAUCUCUUCUAACUAUGGGUGGAAGAGAAGUAGAACAAGACGCUUGUUCCCAUUAUGUUGUUGUGAGAAGGCAAGGGACCAGCAUGGGGUGAAGGUCUCAUAAUAUGUGUCAAACAUAAUUAAAAUGUCGUACAUACCCCACGAUUGGGUACACUACUACUACUACUACUGGAGAUAUUCGGAUGACACGGAAGCGCUUUCAUAACUUGCUGAAGUUAUACAGAAACAUUGGUCUUCUUCGAUUCAGGAAGAUCAUUUGGAUCUAUAGCUACGGACGGUGUGCUAGUGAUACCUUCGCAUAGAGACUACAUCAUACAAAAACAUGAAUGAAUCUUCUAUGAAGAUGAUUCUCGAGAGCGGUACUUCAUAAUUCAUUUCUUUCGCACUCUACCAAGGAAUAAUGCACUUUAGUGGAAAUGGAUUCUAAAAACGCCCAUGAAGUAGAGAGCCUUCACACACCAGACUCUGCUGCUUAAAGAAUAAAUGUACACAAAGAUUUUUUCGGCACGACGGCAUAGUUUUUAGACAGAUGCUGGAACAGAAGAUCGAUACUCAUAUUGAUUUCUUGAAACUACAAGUGUUAAGAAUGUAUAGCGACCCUACAUGCCUUGGAGUCGUUUUAUUCUUCUUGAGUCUUCCCAUAAAAUGAUACUGCGUUCUCAUAUGUGAUGACCAAGGAUCUUCCUCCACCACAGGGAUCUGUCAUCCUUUGCAGUUUUGUGGAUGUCCCAUGCAGUGCUAGACUGUGGACAGGGAUCAUCAUUUUUUCAUAGAGGCAGGCUCAUAUUUGAGGUUUAUAAAUAUCUGCUGGUACUAGCUUCAACAAAUUUUUUCUGUCUGUGUAAUUUUCUUGGUUGGCAAACUGUUACAGCUGCAUUCUUUCUGUACUAUAUUCUUCAUUGUGGAAAGGAUUCUACUAGAUGAUAGCCAACGGCAGGGACGCACGCUAAUGAGGAGAGGCGCCUCUCCGAAACACUACAGAAGAAAUCUUUUCUCUAAGUAGGAACCCUGAAAAUCAAAAUCAUUUGUUGAUAGUUGUAAUGUGGUAAGAGUUAUUAGUCUGGAAAAUAUAUUUCUAAGAGCGAGGCGGCAUAUCCUAGGAUGCUUUCGAGAUAGGCGUGAAUUAUCUUUGUGAACAGACACAGAGACUCGAACUCGAUCUAGAAGGCAAAGACAACGCAGAUGGCCCCAAAAAUCAAGGUGAAAGCGGAUCGCGUCUUCGGCCUACUACAUAGAGAUAGAUCAAUGAUCUCUACGCGUUUACAAGCCAAGACCACUUUAGAAACACCCAUCAAGUAAAAGCAAGCAGGCUAGCUAAUGCUAAAAUUAGUACCAAUACCAAUAGAUUAACCAUCCAACCAUCUAGCUACCUCCGACUUCAUCUUCGAUCAAAAUUACCAGAAUAUACCAUCAAUCUAGCUCCUACUUCAUCAAUCAAAUUAUAAGAGACAUAGCCAUCUCAUUUGGAAUGAACCUAAAGUUGGUUCUGAUUAGUUUCUUCUUGACCGUAUAUGAGGGCAUUGCACAGAGAACUGGCAGCUGGCGGCACACACUCCGAAAGCUCGUGGUUAAAUCUGAUGUCUUUGCUCGAGUAGUUCAAGUUGAAAUUAACUAGACGAAGAGAAACAACAUGAUAUCAAAGUAUAUUUAUUAUAAUCAACGUGGUGAAAUAGAGAUGUGAAAAAGCUAAGAUUACUAGCUGGAGCUACAACGGGUUCAACGCAACAACUAUCGCUCAACAAGGUUCAAUUUUUACUACUCAACAACUCAACUGCAUCAGACUUCAACCUAUAGAAGACACGAGCAGCAACAGACGAGCCAACCACAAUAGGAGUGCCACAGUGGUCGGCCCUUGAAUUAGCUUGCAUAGAUCAUUUCUCCCAUUCUCUCAUCGCAUUCGCAUUGUAAUUGUAUCGGGACCAACAUCAACAUAGGAAAAUAUUCUCGUAGUUAUAACUGUAGUGAUGUUGUACUUCUACCUGUAGACUGUAUGAUGUAGACAUACAAGCUCAAU